CAUUGUUUGAUACCACAAGUUACACAUCGUGGUCGUGGACUAUCACGAGGAAAUUCAGGAAUAACAAAACGUCGCGAGUUUGGGAAAAUUCUUGCUAUGUUAUACAACAUAGAGCAGUAUGAAAUAGUUUUUAGAAGACCGGUUUACAUAGCUUGACUGUUUUAAAGUGAUUUAUAAUCAUAACCUUUGGAUAGAUAAUUCGACAGAGGAAAUGUGACGAACCGUGUCAGAACUUGGGGAGACGAUCACCAUUUGAAUGACAAGUGAGCAUUAUUCUGUCAUGCUAUAAAUCACAAUAAUGGCUGAGGGUGAUUCCUCUAAGGACAUCCCCCGGGGCCUGAUCAGCAGGAGGGGUCUUCCCUCUGGGAGAGGCGCGAGACUGCCUUCUAUAGGGAAGCCAAGAGAUCUUACAUUAGGAGGGGUUCCAAAGAAGGUGUUUACACCCAAAAUCCCCAUCAGGAGGGACAAGAGUGCAGAAAAGUCAGAAGAAAAAGUACAGACAAAGAAAGAAGUACAGGAGAAACCAGAAAAAUCGGGGAGAAGAGGGAGAGAUGAACGUGGGCGAGGGCGUGGUCGAGGCCGAGGAAGGGGGCGGGGCCAGGAUGUCAUUCAGUCCCACUCCAUAUUUGAACAAGGUCCCACAGAAAAAAUGGCCAGAGGUUCAGUAAGCGAGAGUUAUGGAGGAUCAGGACCCAAAUCUGGUGGGGGAGGGGGCGGGGGAGGUGGGGGGUCUUUGGGAGGUGGAUCCAAGCUGGGCAUGAAGAAAGAGAGGUCGGAUGAAGAAACCAAGCAAGUCUUGGACUAUCUUCUUAAGGAUGAUUUUAUUGCUGGUCACGAGACAGGGGACAGAAACAUGGCUCCUGUACACCUGCCUCUGUGUAUCGUGGAGGACGUUAAACCAGCAGUUAAAAGUGAACCUGAUGCGGGUGAUGUGGAAAUGACCCAGGAAGUUAAAACUAAGAUGGAGACAUCAGUUAAAAUUCCACCCAAAGGCAAACUGGUCCAGGAGACGUGCCACCAUAUCUUCUCGUCAAUGACUAGCGGGGAUCCGAACCAGAUGGUGUUUGUGCAGUUCCCUGAUGUCAUGCCAGGAGUACCUGCCAGUUACGGGAAGGAGGAGGACGCGAAAGCCAGCAAUAAAGAGCAGAAGGAGUCUUCAAAGAAAAUUGGCGCCAGUCCUCUGUCUGGCUUCUCCGAAGGUCACAUGGGAAAGCUGGUCAUUCGGAAGUCUGGGCGAGCUUCCUUAAUACUCGGCAAUGUAGUUCUAGAUGUUUCCAUGGGAACUAAAUGUGGAUUCUUACAGGAUGUGGUUUCCAUCCAUACUAACAGUGCUGGGAUGGGAGACUUGAGUGUGUUAGGACAUGUGUCACACAGACUGAUCUGUACUCCAGAAUUUGAGUCUCUGCUACAAGCCAAACAGUCCUAGAAACCUCAAGGUGAUGUGUGAUGUAGAGAACUCGAGGUGACUGAGGUGAGGUGCGGACCAGAGACCUCAGGGUGAUGUGUGAUGUAGAGACCUCGAGGUGACUGAGGUGAGGUGCGGACCAGAGACCUCAGGGUGAUGUGUGCAAUGUGACACAGCCGUAAGAAAAUUGAGCGAGGUAGAAAUGGGGGAGUGUCUGAAAUACUCUCUUUGUUUUGUGUGUCAGAAUUUCGAUGUUUAAUGGAUAUAUGUAGAGACCUCUGUGAAUCUUGAGUGACUUCUUGGAGACAAGGAAGUAAAGUAUUGAUGCUGUGAGUUGUCCGUUAGAAUGAACUUUUUUGUGAAGGUGAUACACUUAUACCAGUUUAUACAUACAAAGAAAAUUGUUGGUAUUAUUUGUUACUAAACUAUAAUGAAUAAUAAGUGAUGACACAAAUGACUUUUUUGUGUGUUUUAAAGAAUUCUGUUUUUUGAAUGAUGAAAUGUCUAAUCAUCUGACUGAUUGAGAGUAUUAUCUAUUUAAUGUACAGGUACAUGUAUAUUUAAUGUGAGUGGAUGCAAGUGAAAAUAAAAUGAAAAUACUUGUAACUUU